AUGGUGCGUUCCUUCCAGUAUUCUCAGGCAAAUCUGAGUAACGGGCUAAGAAAUAUUCACCUCAAAGAUUUAGGCCUGAUCUCUCCAUGCUCGUACUGCGUCAGGACAAACAAAAUCUGCGGUCUGAACCCUCACUGGGCAAAAGGACAUCGUUCAACAGACGAGCAGAGCUUUUCCACUGAAAAUGUCAAUCUGGAUGAUGAACGAGGCCAGGACAAAAGGCAGCGAAUCCAGUCACCAGAGAAUGAGAUCGAGGCAUCUGUAACACCCAUUUGUAUGGUGACUUGCCAAAAUUCAUCCAAAGAGUCUUUACAUGUGCCUCUCCCAGAAGAUAGCGUGGUUGGUUGGGACACGCUGUCUACGCAUGUUGCCCCUCAUCCCAUUGGCCAUUCAAACCCUGCGGGGGCUCUUGCGGGAUACGAGAAUUGUUCGUACGCAGAGGACUCGGGACAAGUGAACGGCAUAGCUGCAUCUGACAGCCAGCACAUGGACCAGAUCGAAUAUAGCGGUUUGGAUACCCUCAUGAAUUUAGAAAUGGCCGAUUCCACCUCUGAUGAUUCUCACUAUUCCGACUUUAAUUUACAAAGCCUCCUCCCUGAUACCUCCCAAACGUCUUUGUACAAUCCCAAUAAUCCCGCUUACUCCAUAUCUUCAUGGGAGGAGACGGGCCAAAGCGAACUGAGGAGACGGCAAAAAACACGCAAAGAUUUCAGCGACUCGCAAGACUACUUUGUCGUCCCACUAUCUUUAUUUGGUGCCGGCCAUAUUGCUAUGGAAAAUUCCAACCGAAUACUCAUAUCUGAGAGCCUUCUGCAAAUUUACCAUGAUGUUCUAGAGAACAACCUCAGCUGCUGGUUGGCAGAAGAUACGUGCCCAUACAAGAUGCGGCAGAGGCGACACGAUCACCUCUCCAUCCACCAGGGUCCGGCUUUAGGGCAAAUAACACCUGAAUGGGGCGUAUCAUGGUCAAACCGCAUGUACCGUCGUAUCAAACAGCUUGACCGAUCUGCUCAGUUGACAAAGCUGAUUCAUCUCACUGCAUCCGAAAAUCGAGCGGCUUCCAAGGCCCUCGAGUUAUGCAUCAUGACAUUUGCCACGCAGUGGGCCCAAGGGGGACGGCGCUGGGAUGGUCAUUGGCUAGUAAAUAAAGAUGAAGGACUGCACGAUGAAUUUGGGCAAAAUCUGCAUCGAUCCGUUUGGGAAUGUGCAAACCAGGCGCUUCAAGAUGUCUCCGAGGUGGAGUGCUUUAGGGUGGUUUUCGCUGAGCUGAUUUUCGGUCUUAUACAGAAGCCGUCGUCAAACAACUACGAUGCACGUACAAAGGAGAGGCAAAGCACUGCAGAUCUGAACUCAACGUUUUCACGGGUCAUGAAAAUCAUUGAUCACGCGGGACCCCCGUCGCGCCAGACAGGCUUUCACAGCACCAAAAUAGAGGAGCAAGUUUCUCGAGAGUUCAGCACGGAAGAGACCCGGACGGUCGGCCUCUUGUACUGGCUCGCAAUCAUGUUUGAUACGGUCUCUUCAUCCAUGAAUGAGCGGCCAGUCGUUGUUUCCGAUGAAGAAUGUCAACACGAAGCUGCACAGAAAGCAGUGCGACAUCAUAUUCAGAACCAGAUCUCGAGUAGUCAAUGGGAACUUGACCUCUACGCGCAGGAGGACCCGGAGAAGCCAUUAGCCCUGCGUUGGCCUUUGCCGUACGAUGUUGUGACCAGAGCCAUUUCCAGAUCAGCAGCCGUCAAGGUGCUUCUCUUCCGCUACAUCUCAUACCUUCAGAAAUCUUUGCGAAAUUCCGAGUGCAACCAAGUCGUGGAAGAUAUUAUUCAACGCACGUUAUCUGUGUAUCGCUACUGGUUGAAGACACACGGCGCUUUAUUCCGUGACCUGAUGCGACACUACGAUUCAGUCCCUCCUCGGAUUAAGAGCUGGUUUCCGUGUAUUGGUAUCCCCUGGCAUCUUGGCUCACUCAUGCUGGCCGACCUGAUUGAAUUUGUGGAUAUGAACGAACUUGGCUGCAAUGACGCCAUGAUAGAGCGUCAAAACACCUGCCUAGUAAUGAGAAUCCGGAAAGAAAGUUCAAUCGACCUGGCAGACCUUGCAGCUGUCCUGACGCCUCGAUUGGGAGGAAUGGGUUUAAACCAACUGCCGGGAUUUCACUUCGCCGUCAAUGAAAGCCCCCUUUUGACUGAGCCUUGGACGGUGCUUCUCGUUAGGGCGUUUUCAAAAGCUUCAAUAUUUCACUUAAAGGAAACAGAAAAGCUACAGAAGUACCAACGUUUCGUCUUUGAUCAUGAGAGCAAGGCGCUUCAGGCGAGCGUUACACGACUCGAGAACUGUGUUAUAGCACUCCGAUUUCUGGGUGCUAAGUCGGGGAUGGCGGAGGCUAUUUCCAUAGUACUAUCCGAAUCGUUAAAUAAGUGCCGAAAUACUUAA